GAUGCUGGGCAGCCUCAGCUCUAUAGCUGUCUCAAACGGAUUCCUCUUCGCCCAAACAACAGGAAUGAUAAAAAGCCUGCAGAGAAACGACGAUGGCUUGAAUCUCACCGAGAGCGAUAUACUGUGGAUAACAUCCGGUCUUACGAUGUACGGCUUCCUUGGCUUCGGAUUGGCGACGUUGAGUGACAGGGUCGGAAGACGCUGGCCAUUGAUGAUAUCCUCAGUAGCAAUAGUUGUGCAAUGGAUUAUGUUAUACAAGGCACAAAAUAUAUAUCAUUUUAUGCUGUCAAGGUUCAUCGCUGGAACUGCUGUCGGAGCUAGAUACUGUUUAAAUAUACUGGUAACACCUGAAUAUACUUCCUCAGAAACCCGAGCUUUCUUCCUCAAUAUAGUAACAUCGGUGUCGCCAGCUAUUGGCACUGGGCUGGGCCACUACUUGGGCAACAUCUUCCACUGGAGAACUGUUGCUUUGAUAUCAAUUUUCCCAACACUUUUUGGUGUUAUUGUGCCUUAUUUUUGCGUCGAAAGUCCUCAUUGGCUGGCCUCGAAAGGCAGGUUCCAGGAAUGUGAGGAGAGUUUCAGAAAAAUCCACGGAAACAGUCUAAAAUGCGAAUCAGAACUGCAACAUCUAAUAAAAAUGGAAAAGUGCAAACUGAGACAAGCUGAAAUCACCAAUACGAGGACCAGUAAAGCAAAAUUAUGCCUCGCAUUAAAGAAGAAAUACUUCUGGAAUCUAAUACUUCUGAGUUUCUUUAUGAGCUCGUAUAUUGCUGCAACUGGCAGGGUCGCAUUCGCAAUCUUAGCGACAAACAUUCUUGAAGACAUGACUGGGACUCCUAAUGUUGUCCUUUAUAACAUUCUGGUAGACAGUUUUAUCCUGGUGGGCACCAGUUUAUCCUGCGUUCUCGUGAGGAAAAUGACGAUGCGUACUGUGUUAUUUUCUACUGGAUUUUUGGCCAAUGCUUUUUUGGUAAUUCUGAGUGCUUGCCUUUACUUUGGAGAUGGUGUUAACCUGCGAUGGCUUAAUGUAUCGUUGUUGGCAGUGUACUUCAUUUUAAUGGAAGCGGGUCCCUCCCCAGUGUUAGAGGCUUUAAUAGGAGAGAUCUUUCCCUUAGAAAUAAAAGUGUACUGCAUGCUCGUUAUUGGAUUUAUGCUUUCUAUAUUUUCAGCUUUAUCACUGAUCUUAUUUCCAAUAAUAACAGAAGCUAUUGGGUAUUCUGGAACAUUCUUACUGAACGCUGUAAUAAUGUCAACAAGUCUAGUAUUUAUAAAGUUCAAACUACCAGAGACUAAAGGAAGAACGCUCCAAGAGAUUGAAGCGUUCUUUAAGACUAAUAUAUUUGACAUUGACGAAGCGUUGAAUGAUGAGAAGAAAAAUAUGCUGUUAUAAACAAUACUUUUGCUGUAUUAUAUUUUUGAUUAAAAGAACUGGAAAUCAAAAAGGUGAUAUGUGGUAUGGCCUGAGAGGUACUUGGUGGUUGUCAGUGGGUGGGAUUUAAUAUCUCAUCAGUAAAGAGAGAUAUUUACAUUUCCGACAGAUACAAUAGAGUCAAGUCCUUCAUAACAUGGGGCGUAGCUACAAAUACGUCACAAAAUAUAAAUCAAGUAAAUAAUAUUUAUUAUCAAGAAAGGUAUAGUGAAGACCAUUAUGAGGAUGCGCAAUUUAAUUGUCAUACCAAUAUAUCAGACAUCAGCCUACACACGUUAUGAUUGUAUUUAAAUAAAUAAAUACAUUAAAAGAAAAAGAAAUUAUUGAAUGAAUUCCAUUGGUUUUUUAAUCAAACCAUCGAGUCAGUUGGAUGUCUUCAGAAGUGCGCCAACCAUACUGGCGUUGAGCUGUCAAUAUCCAACUCCAAAUCGCCACCUUUCUCAAGUUGGAACAUGCAGUCUCCAGAUGAACUGCUUUUGGAUAUGUUUGUCUGUCGUAUCAUCUGGCGACACGCUGAGCGAGAUGAGAUCCUGGCAGAUAACAGCAUGUUAUGUGUUUACCAGUAUUGUUACGCUAAAUAGUGUAAUUCU